AUGAGACUUCAAGAAAGAGAGCCUCUGCAGCAUCCCGCGCCGAAGGACCCUUCUCUUCUGAAUAACACGAGCUCUGAGCUUCAAUCGUCUGUUGCAUUAAGCAUGUCUGAGAGGAAGAAGGCCCGCAAGCGCAUCAAGGUCAAGCGUUGGCUUAGAAGCUGGGUGUUCACUCCUCUCGGCAACGUGAGGAUCAAGUUGAUCAACAAGAUUGAGCGGAAGCGCUGUCGAAUUGUCCCAGAUUGUGAGCUCAAUCGCAUCGUUUUCGAUGCCCUCAAUGAUCGAUAUCCGAGUCGCUUUUUUCGGCACCGCAGUGAUAGUCAGGUAUCGAGCCCAAGGAGGAGGUCUCUGUUCAGUGACGAGGAUAAUGCGAUGCUAGAUAGAUUUCUGAUGUCCUCAUCGUCAGAGAGUUCACAAAGUCAGUCUCCUAAACUGGAUAUGGAUGUGGUCAACGGAUCUCUGGUCGACAGAAUAGCACUUGCUGAGGCUACUACCAAGCCUCCGUAUCCUGAUCCCCGUGGAAGCUGGCGGGGGGAUGGACAUUCUGCACUGAGGAUUAUGAAUCCAGACUUGUCUGUUUUGAGUAGUGAUGGGAAGUCCGAGGAGUCAGACUCAAUUUCUGUAUUUGAAGUUCAUAGGAAUGUGUUCGAGCUUUCCGCAGUUAGGGAAAUGAGCCCAGGCAUACCUGCUGAGUUAAGUGGUGAGAGAACACAAUCUGAGCAGUUACGUUCUGCUCUCGCAGAGUUCAGUUUUGGGAUGGCCAGUUUUCCAGCGAUUGAAGACCUACCUCCUCAACUCCCGGAGUUGUAUUUCACACAACAUCCCGAUCCACGAUUGUGCUGUCUCAUCACCUCAGCUCUUCGCGACUGCACCUCACCUGCUCUUUCUAAGAAUGGUGUCUGCUCAUGUGCAGACACCCAGCAGAGGGCCAACCCUCGGAAGUCCACUGCAGAAGCUCUCAUCCGCCAUACAUACAACAAGAGAAAUACCAUCCUAAGCAACUGGCAUAUCUCCCCAAAUGUCAUACCCCGACCACUCGUAAUUCGAAAAGCAUGCAGUGUCAUCUUCAACAACACGCAGAGUGAUACCUUGCUGCCCAUUCCCGAAGAUACAACCCAUGAUGUGACUACACCACUACACCACCGACCAUACAGUCUCAGCCGUAAAAUCCAACAUGGGCCAUUACCUCCACUGCCCCCUGCGACAUCUACCUCCCACCUUCCCAGUAUCUCAUCUGCUCCCUCUUCAUCUGCAGUAAAAACCAGAUCUCAACCACCUGGAAUCUCAGCAACCACUCAUUCUCACCCUGCGUCAGCACCACCUGAUGUCCCCCAGUACCCUAACCGACCAACCUCAAUGUGCGACGGCUGUCUAGCAGGGCGACAUCGCGCUCUCCACAGUCACCCUUACAAUCACCGCGGUGACAAAAGCCCUCAACUUGAAAAUUCAGAUCUCCAAUACCAACUCAACCCCCGUGGGCCAACCCGGCUGCCAACUCACAGUGACAGUUUACCAUCUUCGCUCAGAUCUGGCCCGCAGUGCCGGCACUGCAGAACUCGUGGAUCGGGAACAAUCUCUCCCCCAGGGUUGGUUAUUCCUCAAGCGGCGCAUGGCUCUCGGGCCUUGAAUCGUGUCUCUAUCUCCUUAUCAGACCUCGCACCUGAUUCCCCUUGGGCCGGUCCUGUGGGCAAUAUGGGGUUCUAUGCCCCCUCUGAAGAAGACCUACCUCUGCGUAUUGAAACCGAUCUCAUCGAUGAGAAUAUUGACCCCUCUGGUUGGGAAAUGUGUCUCAGUGCGGGAUCGGCUGCACAACACCGAAGAUAUCGUUGA